AAUGCUAAGAGAAAGAAUGAUAAUGAAAUGAUGGAUACGAGACCAGAGAAACCUGAGAAGCGUGCAUCGCUUAGUCCACAGAGUCUAGACAUAGUCUCACCUGAAAAUAGUGCUAUCACUACUGGUUGUACUCCUCCUAUUUGCAACCUUAGAAGGCCCCCUGGUGAGGAAAUAGAGGCUGAAAAUUUGAACACUGAGAGUACUGAACUAACUAACUUUGCCCGAAAUGAGUGCAUCUCUGGCAGCGGGCAAGUUUUGGAACUACAUAGUGCGGCUCUAGUUCAAGAAUGCUCUGAUCCAGCUGAGCCUUUGGGAAAGUGCGUGACACCUGACUCUAGUGAUAUGGUAGCACUUGGAAGCGUACAGGAAGAAAAUUUAGAUAGUGAGUUGAAGUCUGUAUCAAUCAGUGGUACCAACUCUCAACUUCUUCCAAGUCUUCUUGAUAGGAAGAGAGGUGUAGCCGAUGAAGUUGAGAGAGAAUCAAAGAUAUUUAGUGGGACGAGUACAACUGGACAAAUUGCUGAUAGUGUUCAGCAGAGCAGAUCCUGCGG